AUGGACUUUGAUAAAAUUGCCAUAAUAUAGUAAAUACUCUCAUCCUUAUUUGCGGCAAUUACAGCCAUGCUAAUUAAAUUAGUCAAAGAGUUAGAUUUCAACUAAACUCUAUAUUUAAGGGCGUUAUGUAGUUUCAUUUUGCUCUUAUUUGCAAUCGACCAUUAUAAACUACAAGCUUAUAACUUUGAUAAGCAAACUACUGUUAAUUUAAUAUAGAGAGGACUCUUAGCAGGGCUUGGUGCUUUUCUAUAUUUUAGAGGAUUAGAUUUAGUAUUAGUGUCUGAAUCUAUUAUUUUGAAUAGAAUGUCUCCACUAUGGACUUCAUUUAUUUAGAUUGUUGUUUUGAAAAAGGAGUAAUUUAAUUUGAGAUUACUUUUGAAUAUGGUGCUUUGUGGUUUUGGUAUAUUUUUGGUCACAGGAAAUGCUAUGAAUAAUAAAUAGCAUGAUGAUGGAGACAACUAAUAUUAUCAUAUAAUAGGUAUAAUACUGGUAUUGCUGGCAUCUAUUCUAUAAGCAAUCGUAAAUAUUUUAAUUAAAUCGCUCGAUAAAUAAGUAAUAUAUUAUAUCUAAAAUUAGGUUGCAAGUAUAGUAAUUUCCUGUUAUCAAUCCUUUUUUGCAAUAAUCUUCCCUUCAUGUAAUUCAUUAAUAAUUGGAUCUAAGUAAUAUUUCUUAAUUAUUUUUAGUUUUAUAAUUCCUUCUAUGAAUACAACCCUAAUGAUUAUCGUUAUUUCUGUUGUAUCUCUUUUAGCAGGAUAUUUAUAAAUAAUAGCUAUGAGAUAGGGAAAGUUAAGUGUCAUUUCUAAUGUUAGCUAAAUCUAAAUAUUAUUCGGUUAUUUAAUCGACUUUUUGGUUUUAAAGAUAACAUUUACCGGAGGAUAGAUUUUAGGAAAUAUCUUAUUAUUGUUAUCCAUAAUUCCUUUAAUUUGGAAAUGA